UUCUACUUAUGAAUCACGUUUCACACAUUUUUCAUAUUAUUUACUCAAUAGAGUUACAAGUGCCAUCUAGUAUCUCCAUCGAUGAACAUCGAGACAACUAGAGUCGCUUAAUGUAUCGGAAUAUUCGUGUCCACCAUGACACUUUUUAAAAGCAGAGUUCAAUUCGCGUUGAGCGUCUCCGGUGUCGCAGUGAAAUCGCGAUCACUCCGCGUCCUCGCGUCUCUUUCAUCUGUUCCUGAUCAAUCCAUCCACAAAUGAAUAUUGAACGUGUCGCAUCUAGCAGCAAACGACGUCUCAGAGCAUUCGUCAAAAUGCGCGAUCGCGAUCAGCACAGUUCUCGGUGUUUGUAGUCGGCGUUUGUCCUUUCGCAUUUCGUCGCACGGUCCAUUCUCGCAUCCACGUAUUUUGCGUAUAUUUCACGCUCAUUUGAGGCGCGUACUCGUUUGAGGAGCAUUGUAAGUACCUAAACAUUGUUUUUAAUAUUUACGACUUCUAGUAGCAUCAAUAGACGUAUCGAGAAAUCACCGCGAUAAGUGUAUAUAGAUAGGUAGAGUCUCUUGAUAUUUAAAGAUACUCGCAGUGCGCCAUGAUACGUUUGAAACUAGCUCAUUUCACGUCAAGCAAGCCGAUGCCGCGGUCGCAUUGUGAUCGCUCCGUGUUUUCGUGUUUAUUUUGCUGUUUCGGAUGAGUUCCGCGUACAAAUAAAUGUCGAUAGUGCUGAAUCUAACAAUGAGAAAAAAUCCCGAAGUGUUAAUCAACUCGCACGAUCGCGAUCAACGUAUUUCUCGCAUUUCUCGUAUAACCUGCGUUUAUCGUAUCGUAUUUCGUCACCGGACUUUAUUUUCAGACGAAUGCAUUUUCUCGUGUAUUUCGCAUUAUUCGCUCGUUAAGCGAACAUCGCGAGUGUCACUCGAUAUUUGCUGUAUCAAGAGGCAUCAAUGAAAAGCAUCAACGGGAACAUCGAGAAAUUGCCGCCAUGAUUUUAUAGCGGGAUAUGAUGAUAUUAGAAUAUUGGGAGGGUUGCGUCCGCCAUGACACUUUUCGAAACUAGUUUCGCACAGUUUACGUCGAGCGUCUCCGGUGUGUUAUUGUAUCGUGAUCGCUCCGCAUUCUCGCGUCUUUCUUGCUCGUGCCAAGUAAAUUGUGUGUGUGAUCAAGCGUCGGGAGUGCCAAAUUUAGCGACGUGCAAUCGUCAAAGUAUCAAUCAACUCGUACGAUCACGUAUCUCGGCGUACGUAACCGAUGUCCGCCGCUUUGCGUCUCGUCGCCGGGCUUCAUGUUUGAGUGUGCGCGUUUCGUGUGUGUUUUCCGCUAUUCACUCAUUUGAUGAGUGUCGCGAGUGUUAUUCAUCUACAGUGGAGAGGAUCAACGGGAGCAUCGAUGGGAACAUCGAGGGAUCGCCGCGCCGUGGAUUUAGAAAGUUAGGCAAACGCAAUACAUCGCUGCAACACCUCCAUAUACUGGAAAAGGUCUCACUCGCUGGUGGGAGCUACGCGGCGACGGGAAAAGCAUCGACGAGAUCUGAUCUUAGUCCUGUUUUCGGAAAGGUGGAUCCGACGCCGCACACCUCCUCCUUCAACAUGGGUUACCUCGUCUCGCCAUACCCGUACCCCAACGGAGCCGGAGGACCCAUCCCCGUUUCUAUGAACUCGCGGCACCUCGAUUCCAGCCGGAGUAGUUUCCCAUUUCCGCCAUCACCGCUCGCUGUAAUGAGGUUUCAGGAAACACGUGGCAUGCAGCAAAAGGAACACACCGUGAACUGGCAGACCGAACUGCACAAGCAUCUGCCCAAUUCCUGCUGCGUUAAAUCAACUAGAAAGGAGGCAUUCGCCGAAUUAGCUGAACUCGAACUCACCCGGCAAAUGCAAAUGGUCGAAAUAGUAGUGUCGUAUUCCAAGCAAGAAUUAUUCUUGCCGGUUGGUUUCAGUAGUUGGUCGGGCAACUACAUCGAGGGAAUGUCGGAAAGUCUUGCUUAUUAA